GCCUUUUAACCCGAUAAUUUUAAACAUGGCUUUACCUUUGUUAAGUGUUUUUUUUUAUUUUUAAAUCAGAUAUUUGUUGUUGUAUACGAUUUGUUUUAGAAAAGGCUGUGGUAUCAUUUCAGGUUGUACAAUGAGAAUAUCACAAGCUUGGCAAGGAUUCUGCGGCUGAUAUCGUAUUUAUUUUAUUCUUGUAGGAAGGCUAAACGGUUAAAUGUAGUCCAGUGCCUGUCCAGAGUUAAAUGUUUGCAGUCCGGUACAUGCAAGAUUUUCCUUCAGCUUGUUAUUCUACAGUUUCAUAUUAUGUAAAGGUGGAGAGACCCGAUGGAUUUUACAGAGUGUUACCAGCACACGUGCUCUGCUGUGGCGCUGGCAGCGCGUGAGCGGAACCACCGGCUGGUGAGGCGUUUGAUACAGAAAAACUACAGCAUCGACGUCAGGGACAACCGGGGCUGGAACGCGUUGCAUGAAGCAGCAUUUGGUGGUGCCCACAGAUGUGCGCAGAUACUACUGAAGGCAGCACGCUCCAAGUCCCAGAGCAGAGGCUAUGUGAACACCCUGACACAUGACGGCAGCACGGCUCUCUAUCUGGCCGCCGAGCAGGGUCACCUGAGCCUGGUGCAGAGUCUUCUUCAGGCUGGGGCUGAUGUCAACCGUGUGAACAAUGAUGGUGCCAGCCCACUCUUUGCAGCUGUCGAUAGUGGACACAGGAAGGUGGUGGAACUGUUGGUGCGAGAAGGGUCAGAGGUCAACAGCAGCCACUCUGCAUCCGGCUGGAGCUGUUUGCACCAAGCAACGUUCAAGGGUCAUUCCGAGGUGGUGAGCUUCCUGGUGGGUGUGGCCCAACUAGACAUCACUGAUGACUUUGAGAUUACGCCCCUCUUUGUGGCUGCACAGUAUGGCCAGCGCCGAUGUUUGGAGCUGCUGGCAGAGGCUGGCGCUGACACGAACCACCAAUCCCAUGAUCUGGCCACGCCCCUGCUGAUAGCGUCCCAGGAAGGCCACCUGUCCUGUGUGACCGCUCUGCUGGAGUAUGGUGCUGACCCGAAUCUCUACUGCAAUGAGGACGCAUGGCAGCUGCCCAUUCAUGCUGCAGCCCAGUUCGGUCACACCAGCAUCCUGGAGCGUCUUCUGCCCCUGACAGACCGCGCAUGUGACCGCCAGGUUGGGAAAGUCAGCCCGGUGUACUCUGCGGUUUUAGGUGGCCAGGUGGAGAGCCUUCAGCUGUUGCUGAGGGCUGGGUACAGCCCGGAUGCCCAGAACUGCCAGGCCUUUGGGUUUCCAUCGCCGUUGGCGACAUUCCAGUGCUCUCAGUUUGAAAGGGCAAGUCAGGUCCACUCCUUGGUGCAACUUCUCCUGAAGGCGGGGGCCCACGUGGAUGGGGGGCUCUACAGCAAGUGCCUGCGACUCCGCCAGCACUCUGUACUAGCGCUUCUACUGGACCAUACAGGCCUGCCUUCUGGAGGACCCCUGGAAGAGCUGCUGGCUUGUAGUCUGGAGGAAGAACAAGCCUCCAGUGCACUGGACUGGCUGCCGCUGCUGCUUCAGGCUGGACUGCAGCCUUCACUCCUUCUACAUCCUGUGCUGUUUGAGAAGGUAGAAAGUGAUGUUAUUAACUUCCUGCUGGAGUUCACCAACUGGAGCCUGCUGCCUCCAUCACUGUUGGCCAGUCUGUACCAGCGACGGGCGGAGUCCACCUGGAAGCCACGCCCACAUCUCGAGUCAAUGCCUCCUUUGUGCCAUUUGUGUCGGUUAGCUGUGAGGAACGUGGUGGGCAGCCAGUCGCUAGCCAGCAAGACCUUUGUACGCCGGCUGCCAGUGCCUGUUCUCCUUCAGGACUACCUUAACUUUGUUGAUGUCUUCGGAGCACAUGACUUACCAAAGCAGGCUGAGCAGGAAGGUGCAGGUUCCCAGGGCCAGUGACCACGCCCAGCUCUCGGUCACACUGCUGCCAAAUGUGUCAGCAGGUGCCACUAUCGCUACAUAAUGUCCCUGGUGUUUCCCUCUCAAAGUGACUGAGUAUCAACAGUCAGCGUAAUCCAGCUCUGUUCCAGAUGUCAUUUCUACUACGACCAGUAGUACGACCAGUUGCUGUUAUCAAGAUAUCAUUUUUUUUGUACUUAAACUAAAUAAAACUACAAAUUAUGAAGCAAUAAUAUAAUAUAUCUGUAUUUUUAAAUGUAUUUAUAAAUGUUGGCAUUUUGUAAGUAACUCAAGCCUUGUGGGUCCAUAAUUUAAAUGGAGACAGUUUAUGAGACUUAAGCCACAGUAACUGUUGAGGUAAACAACAGUCACCUGCGAUCACAUAAAUGUAUGAUGGGAUUGCUGAGCUGUGAUUGGCUGACUGACAGAUCCGCCUAGAUAUAGACCUGCAUCUUUAAAUCUACCUGCAUCUUGCAGGUGUUGUUAGAUGCAUCCAUUCGGCAAACCAGCAGGAAUGGGAAAUCUGAACCCCCAGGUAGAACAAGCUUCUUCACAUAGUAUAUGUGUGUAAGGGAGUGAGAUCAUGUGUCUGUCUGUGUGUGUGCGUAUCAGGGAGUAUGAUCACAUGUUUGUGUUAAAUGAGGUCACGUUCAUCUGUGUUUCAGGGAGGGAGAUCAUAUGUUUAUGUAUGUUAAGGAUAAAACCUGCAUUUUCAAGUGAAGUCUACCUGCAUCUUGCAGGUGUUGUUAGAUACAUCCAUUCGGCAAAUCAGCAGGAAUGGAAAAUCUGAACCCCAGGUGGAACAGGAUGCUUAACAUGGCAUCUGGACCUGAGGAGUGGCUUUAUUUGGUGAUCCCUUUGGAUCACAGUGAGAGAGUGCAGUGACAUUGCCACACCUCUUAUGGCAGCUGGACCUGAGGAGUGGCUUUAUUUGGUGAUCCCUUUGGAUCACAGUGAGAGAGUGCAGUGACAUUGCCACACCUCUUAUGGCAGCUGGACCUGAGGAGUGGCUUUAUUUGGUGAUUCCUUUGGAUCACAGUGAGUGAGUGCAGUGACAUUGCCACACCUCUUAUGGCAGCUGGACCUGAGGAGUGGCUUUAUUUGGUGAUCCCUUUGGAUCACAGUGAGAGAGUGCAGUGACAUUGCCACACCUCUUAUGGCAGCUGGACCUGAGGAGUGGCUUUAUUUGGUGAUUCCUUUGGAUCACAGUGAGUGAGUGCAGUGACAUUGCCACACCUCUUAUGGCAGCUGGACCUGAGGAGUGGCUUUAUUUGGUGAUUCCUUUGGAUCACAGUGAGUGCAGUGACAUUGCCACACCUCCUAUGACAGCUGGACCUGCUCCUGCAGUCCCUGAAAGGACCUGUCUGACAGUCUAGCAUACACCAUACAAGAGAGGUGCUAUCUCUAAAUUGCCAGAAUGCAGAAUUUGUCACUAAGUAUUUUGUAGAAAGAUUUGGGUGAGUAUGAUGAAACCCCAGAAUGACCAGUCGCUUCUCCCUCUCUCUGCAGCCCUCAUGCUGAGGUGGGGUGGAUGCACGAGUGCAUGUCAGCCUCACACACUCAGCGGAGAGUGUUAGCCUCGGAGUCCCACCCACAGGCCUAUCAGCGGUCAAUCAGCACCUGUGUGCUUAGAGGAGAGGCAGGGCCGUGUGGCUGCAGCCCCUGGCCGGACACACAGCUCACAGUUACACAGCUCACACAUAAACUGCCUUUUGGAUACUAGCUGAAUCCCUGUAUGCUUGUUUUUUUGCCCAGGGCCCUCAAAGUCCCUAAAAUCACCUCUAUUUUUGUAUGGGUUCAUUGUUUAUUCCUAUAUUUGUGUAUCUUAUGGACCUGCUGAUCAGUUAUACAUUUUUUGAUAAAGUAUAUAUGGCUAAAAUGUAUCUAUAUUUUACUUAAACGAAAAGUUCACAGAGAGGCGUUAAUACUUGUUCAGAUGGAUAUGAAACUGCAUCUCCUUUAAUGAGCAGAUCAACUCAUUUGCAACUUUGUUGCGGUUUCUUGCGUGGUUUGCUUUCUGUCACCUUACAAAUGCUGCAUGAAAUUAUCCUUUGGAUUCUGAACAGGUUGUCUGUGACCCAUUAAAAUUCAAAGACAGAAUAUAAUUCAGAGUAUAAAUAGGCUUUUAUUACGAGACCGAAACAAAAUUCCUCCUGAUAUAAAGGACACAUGCAGCCCUCAAACAGCCGUAAUUAUCCCAGCAGUGAAGGAAUUGGCCACACAGCUGGUCUGGUGGUAGGAAACUCUUAAUUAUGCCUUUAUAUUAAGCUCAGCUGAACAAUGACAAUGCGGCUUUGAAGAGUUGUGCUAAUUUGAAAGCACUUUUUGUUAAGGGGAAGAAAUCUCUUGGAUACAGGAGCUUGUAAGUACAGGAUGCAGAAUACAAAUUACAGGCUCUAACUGAAAAGGGCUUUUUCUAAUGUGAAAAGAAAGGGUGUGAUGUAAAUUGGCCAACUGUAGAACUCAUUUUGCUGCAUGACAAACGACUGCUGUGUGCAUGUCUGUUUGUGCCUUCACCUGUAAGUAUGUGCCCUAUAAUCACUGCAAGCAUUAAUGCCCGCUAUUUGCUUGAUAUUUAAUAGUUAAUUGAAAUUAUUCCAGUUAAUUAUCGCACUGAAAGUUUUCAGGCUUUGUUUGGAUUUUUGGACAGCUGAAGGUUGUGAAUGUGUCCACCGAUGUUCCUGUUGUCGUGAGAUACAGUGAAUACGACCAAAAUGAGCCUCGCAGUGAGGCGACUCACACUUUCACUGGUAGCUAUGAGCAGUGUUUCUUUGUUCUGGUUUGUAUUUAUGCAAAGUGUGAUUUUUUUUUUUUUCCCCCCUUUGAGCCGAGAGCAGAUUUAUACAGGACUGUAUAUUGUCAUAGUUUGCCUUCCUAACACCUUCGUUCUUCAGGUGGACCUAGAGCUUAUGCCAGGCCUCUGUGUGACUCAUUGUGUGGUGUGCAUAGUAGCAAUCUGUAAAAAAAAAGAAGCAAAAAGCAGUUAUUAUGUUGUUCUGUAGAUGGCACUGUUGAGGCAGCAUCUCUUGUACUACAUUACAUCCCUCCAUGCAUCCAUCCAUGUAUUUUCUGCAACAGCUUGUCUUAUUAAGGGUCACAGAGGUUAGGGCGCAAGGCAGGGAAAACGCCCAGGAUGGGGCAGCAACCCAUUGUAGUGUGCAGACGCACACAGUCCUACUACAUUACGAUA